CCCGACGCGGCCCGGCCCGGGCCCCGGACCCCCGACGCGGCCCCGGCGGCCUCCGAGCCGCUCCUCCGCUCAGGGACUGAUGAGAAUUAAAGGCCAUGGACGAAGAUGGACUUGAAUUGCAGCCACACGAGCCAAACUCAUUUUUUGAUGCCACAGGAGCCGCCGCUUCCCACAUGGACGGCGGGCAGAUUUUGGUGGAAGUACAAGAGACCGUCUUCGUUUCGGACGUGGUGGACUCGGACAUUACGGUGCACAACUUCGUCCCCGACGACCCCGACUCCGUGGUGAUCCAGGAUGUCAUCGAGGACGUGGUGAUCGAGGACGUCCAGUGCCCGGACAUCCUGGACGAGGCGGACGUGUCGGAGACGGUCAUCAUCCCGGAGCCGGUGCUGGGCCCCGAGGUCCCCGAGGAGGUCUCGCUGGCCCACUGCGCCGUCCCGGAGGACGUGCUGGCCCCGGACGUCCCCGCGGCCGUCGCGGCCGUCCCGGAGCACGUGUUGGCCGGCGAGCCCGUCCACAUCCCCCCCGCCGCGGGGCACGUGGGGCACGUGGAGCACGUGGUCCACGACGGCGUCGUGGACGCGGAGAUGGUCGCCGACCCCCUGGCGGCCGGCGUGGUCUCGGAGGAAGUGCUGGUGGCCGACUGCGCGUCCGAGGCCGUCAUCGACGCCAACGGCAUCCCCGUGGAGCGGCGAGACGACGACGAGGACGACGAGGACGACGACGACAAGGGCAACUGCGAGGAUUACCUCAUGAUCUCCCUGGCAAUCCAGCGUAGACCGGUCCCCAGCAAGCUCGAGGAUGUGGAGGCAGAUGACAGAGAAGUGACCUGCCUUUCAUCGUGCACGCCCAAGGGUCGCGCACAGCGCUAUGCUCACAUGGACGACGCCGGGAAGGUGGACCACGACGGCUCCUCGGAGAUGACUAUGGACGCGGAGCCGGAGAUCGACCCCUGCAAGGUGGACGGCGGCUGCCCGGAGGUCAUCAAGGUGUACAUCUUCAAGGCCGACCCCGGAGAGGAUGACCUCGGCGGCACGGUCGACAUCGUGGAGAGCGAACCCGAGAACGAGCACGGGGUCGGCCUCCUGGACCAGAGCAGCAGUAUUCGCGUUCCGAGGGAAAAGAUGGUGUACAUGACCGUCAACGACUCUCAGCAAGAAGAUGAAGAUUUAAGUGUGGCGGAAAUCGCCGACGAGGUUUAUAUGGAGGUGAUCGUCGGCGAGGAGGACGCGGCCGUGGCCCACGAGCAGCAGAUGGACGACACGGAGAUCAAAACGUUCAUGCCCAUCGCUUGGGCGGCAGCUUACGGUAAUAACACGGACGGGAUCGAAAACCGCAACGGCACCGCCAGCGCCCUGUUGCAUAUAGACGAGUCCGCCGGCCUGGGCAGACUGGCCAAGCAGAAACCAAAGAAAAGGAGGAGACCGGAUUCCAGGCAGUAUCAGACAGCCAUCAUCAUCGGGCCCGACGGGCACCCGCUGACGGUCUACCCGUGCAUGAUCUGCGGGAAGAAGUUCAAGUCGCGCGGCUUCCUGAAGAGGCACAUGAAGAACCACCCGGAGCACCUGAGCAAGAAGAAGUACCGCUGCACGGACUGCGACUACACCACCAACAAGAAGGUCAGCCUGCACAACCACCUGGAGAGCCACAAGCUGACGGGCAAGGCCGAGAAGGCGGCGGCCCCGGGGGCGGGGGCCGAGUGCGACGAGUGCGGCAAGCACUUCUCCCACGCCGGGGCCCUGUUCACCCACAAGACGGUGCACAAGGAGAAAGGCGCCGGCGGGCGGACGCACAAGUGCAAAUUCUGCGACUACGAGACGGCCGAGCAGGGCCUGCUGAACCGUCACCUGCUGGCCGUCCACAGCAAGAACUUCCCCCACGUGUGCGUGGAGUGCGGCAAGGGCUUCCGCCACCCGUCGGAGCUGAAGAAGCACAUGCGCAUCCACACGGGCGAGAAGCCCUACCAGUGCCAGUUCUGCCCCUACCGCUCGGCCGACUCGUCCAACCUGAAGACCCACGUGAAGACCAAGCACAGCAAGGAGACGCCCUUCCGCUGCGAGGCCUGCCCGCUGACCUUCGCCGACCCCAAGGAGCUGCAGCAGCACGCCCUCCUCCACCACCAGGAGAGCCGGGCCCACCAGUGCCUGCACUGCGACCACAAGAGCUCCAACUCGAGCGACCUGAAGCGGCACGUCAUCUCCGUGCACACCAAGGACUACCCGCACAAGUGCGACACGUGCGACAAGGGCUUCCACCGGCCCUCGGAACUCAAGAAGCACGCGGCCGCCCACCGGGGCCGCAAGCUGCACCAGUGCAGACAUUGCGACUUUAAGAUCGCGGACCCCUUCGUCCUCAGCCGCCACAUCCUGUCGGUCCACACCAAGGACCUGCCUUUCCGCUGCAAGCGCUGCCGGAAGGGCUUCCGGCAGCAGGGCGAGCUCAAGAAGCACAUGAAGACGCACAGCGGCCGCAAGGUCUAUCAGUGCGAGUACUGCGAGUACAGCACCACGGACGCCUCGGGCUUCAAGCGGCACGUCAUUUCCAUCCACACCAAGGACUAUCCCCACCGCUGCGACUUCUGCAAGAAGGGCUUCCGCCGGCCCUCCGAGAAGAACCAGCACAUCAUGCGGCACCAUAAAGACUUGGGGCUCCCCUGAACCCCCGGCCCUCCCCCCCGGUCGGCCCCGCCGCCCGGCGGGGGCGGGCCGAAACCCCGUCGGUCGCGGCCAUCGCUCUCUCUCUCUCUCCCUCCCUCUCUCCCCCCCCCCCCCCACCUCUCUCUCUCACACACACACACCCUACAGGAAAAGAAAUACUGUGCGUUGAUAUAUCGCUGUAUACAGAUAGGAUUAUCGCUUCUAGUUGACUUCGUUUCGUUUCGUUUUGGUUUUUUUUGGGGGGGGAUUCGUUUUUUUUGUUCUGUUUUGGUUUUUUUUUUUUGUUUUUUUUUUUUUUAAACGCGUUCCUUAGAGUGUUCUGGAUUCCAUUCGGUUUGUUUAAGAAAUAAGGAAAAUGGUGGCAACAAUAAAGUGGUGUUGCAUAAAGUCACCCCCGCCUCCAUACUGCAUUUUUCCACACUGGUGGCCUUUUCUCUUUCUUUAAGACCUUCGCUCCUCCCCCCACCCCGCGCCGGCCUCGCGGGGGUCUGCGGAACGUAGAGCUCGGCUCGGGUCCGACCGGUAGCCCUCGGGGUGGUCUUGGCGACUCGGUUUUUUGGUUCUGUCUUUUGGUUUUUCGGUUUUUUGGUUUUUUUGGUUGGUUCUGGGGGUUUUUUCGUCGUCGCCGAUUCUCCUAGGUUACCCGAGGUUUCUCCCGAAGGACCGUCGCCCGCUCAGACGCGCAGGGAUCUUUUUAAUGUCACGUACCCGUAGCCGGACCCAGCUCGCUCGCCCGUCGUCUCGUUCGACGCCGAAGGGUCUCGUGGGCACCCGGUCCGUCCGUUGGAGCUCUUUGAGACCGUCACGCUAAAGAUUCGAAAACGCGACGGAAUCUCCCUUGUCGUUCCGUUUUCUUUUUUCGGCUUCUUUCGUGUUUUUUCCGAGCGAAAACGAGAGCGUCCUUAUCCCGGGCGCCCGUGGGCCAUUUACGUUAUCUGUCGGGACAGCGGACUUGUUCCCGAGGCCGGUCGAAGGACCUCGCUCACCUCCUAUCUUUCUCAUCCUACGCCUCCCCGUCCGCGCGUCGGGCCCCGUAGGCGAGGCGGACCGCCGGUUCCGGGUUCGGGAACCGGAGGGGACCGUUUCCGCGGCUUGCGUCGGAGCGCCCGGCCUCACGUUUGCGAGCGUUCGAGCGCGCCCCGGCUCUCCGCGUACCGUCAGCGCACGUACCGUGGCCCUCCGCAUCCCCGCGCGCCGGGUUAGACCGUCGGAGCGGCCUGGGACGCUCGGUAAAGGGGGUCAAAUUCACGGUGACGUCGGGAAAGCCCGGAGGUGUCCGGCGGGCCGUUCGGGGACGGUCAUCUGGAGAGAUGACUCGGCCGAAGCGUCGGAGGAAAAAGGCGGGGUCGUUUCCUCGAAACACCCCUGGUCCCCGAAAAGCGGGGGCGACGCCUCACGGCUGUCUCUCAGAGUGGUUUUUCGGGGCAGGUGGGGCGGGGGCCUCGGCUCGAUGCCUCUCGGACCCCGGGGAGGUAGCGGGGAUGCAGGAAGAUCGGGUAACGCGUCCCGGGAAGGAACUCCGGAUUGCUCCGAUUUAGGAGAGUCAAAGAACGCCGGGAUGGCUCCUGGGAAACGGGUACUCCUGACUGACCCGCUCUGUGAGAUGGCAGCCGGGAGCCCGAGGUGGGGAGAACGGGAAAGGGCUUAAUUCAUCUGGCCGGGGCAGUUGAGGCGUGCGAGGGCGGGGUGGCCCCGACUCUCCCUCGGCGUUUCUCAUUGACAGAGGACUCCAUCCGCCCUAAGCGAGGAGUGGAAUCAGGCGCCGGGGAACCGCCCUCUGUUCUCGGUUCCUCUCAGCGUGGAGUUUCGUAGGGGGGAGAGAGAGCUUUAGAAGCUCAGAAGGGUUAGGGCCCACAGACGAGUCACGCGGCUCUCCCCCGCCCCCGGGGACUCGGCUGGGGACGUCCAACUUCCCCCUCGUUUCUCGCUCGGCUCGCUCCCGGUGACCUCUCGGGGAGCCGGGCCCCCUUUCCUCGGCGGACGGGAGACUCCCCGGUGCCGUCCAGGCCCGCUCCCCCUCCGUCCCCCGUCUCAGGGAUUCAGCAAUCCCACUCGCCGGGCUCCCUGCUCUUUCGGUUUCAGACGAGAACCUCCAGCACGUCGGGUUGUAAGCGAUGGGCUUUUCUCCCGAAGGAACUCGUCCUUGAAUUGAGCCGAAGCUCGGUCUGCCCGCCGUCUCCCGGGUCCCUCUUCUCUCUCUCCUCCUCCUCCUCCUCCUCCCUCCGUUGUCACUCUGCUGCCCGAUCCGCUGGGGUGAGGUGCUAGAAAAACAAAACAAAAAACAAAAAACUUGAAGUGUCCCCGCUUUGUGGAAAUGUGUCACAGCCCCCCUUGGUUAGGAGUCCUGGUUUUCCUUCAAACGAUGUCGCGGUAGACGUGAAAUUUGGAAACUGGAAGACGUUCUGUAGCAUCAGAAGAUAAAAACUAGAAACAGCCAUUUAAACUCUCUGUCUCUCUCUGUCUCUUUUUUUAAAUAAACUGAAAGUUAAGAACACAAACACUUUACACACUUUAUAUUCCGCUUACAUAGUCUGGAAAAAUCGUACACUUUUUUUUUUUAAAGCACAAUAUUAAAACCUUUAAAAGGUAAUUAAGGGUUUGGUCAAGUGGAUUUUGUAAAAUGUAUUUGUCUGUAUAAAGAGAAAAUGAAAUUGUAGUUAUUGUUAUGUACUGACAUUAGUUACAGGCUAGUUUUAAUUCUUAAAACGAUUCGAUUAGCAAAUGCUAUAAAAUGGAUGUUUCAGUUAAAUGUUUUAAAGAGGUACAGAUUUUUACAAGGACAUAAUAUAAGUUAUUGUUCUGUAGAAAUAUCCUAUUAAAUAUUGUAUGUCCCUCCCUCUGUACACUUUGUAAAAAAGUAAAAUACCUAAAAAGAAAAUCAUAUAGGGAUGUGUGACAUUAUUGUAAUUGUGUACUUGAGAAUAACGUGCAAAAAUAAAAAUCAGAAUAUUUUCCUGUUAAUGAAUGUUUAGUCUAUUUGAUACCAGUACUAAGUUAAUGCUUUUUCUUAAGAAAAAUGUACAGUUUUUGUAAACCUAAUAAACAGAAAACACAACGGA